AUGGGGAUAUGGGACGCAGGUAGUGCAACUAAUUUAAACCUUAUGUGUUGUCCGCUUUGCUGGAACGGUAAAGAUUCUCGUGAUCACUUAUUUUUCCAAUGCUCGUUUGGGUUGCAAGUGUGGAAUUUGGUUAAAGAUUUGGCGUACAUGGAAACAGUCGAUGCCAAUUGGGAUUCUAUUAUGAAUUGGUUUUAUCAUAAUCCUUCGGGUAAGUCGUCAGAAUUUUUAGUUGGUAAAAUGGUUGUUGCGGCUUCAACUUAUUUUAUAUGGCAAGAGAGGAACAAUAGAUUAUUUUCUACAAAGCAGCGGGAGGCUACCUUGAUUGCAAAUAUUAUUCUCCAUACGGUCCGCAUGAAGUUGAUGACGUUCAAGCCAGGGAGAGGAUCCAAGAGUCCGUUAUUGCUAGAGCGGUGGAAGUUCCAAGUCAAGACUAUGAGCAUUGAUCCGGGCUAG